CAGAAUAUUAAGAGCGACGUUCAGAUGUGUUGUAUUGUGAAACAUUACAAAUAAAUUUUCAUGAAUUUAUGAAUAUAAUAUAUUGACAUUCCAUAUGAUUCAUAAUUAUAAGUUCUAUAAACUCUAUGCGUGUUAUCUACAACAAAAAGGUUGUGUCAAUAAAUAGGAAAACAGGAUUGAGAAAUGGAAAAUAUAGAAAAAUACAGUGCAAGAGUAAAUACCAACGAAUUACUUGCUUACCAACGUGAUUUGAAAGAAGAAAAAGAGCUUCUUCAAAAUAUGCUGAUAAAGAUUGAUAAGCAGAUACAUGGAUUACAAGUGGAACAGCUUCACUUACUGGGAUUAAUGAAUAAAUCUUUGAGAGGUGCAGAACAACCCAUGUCACACAAAUCAGUAGAUGAUAAUCAAGAAGAUCUCACAAAUAACUCUCUGGAUUUAUCUGUAGCCACAACUUUCAAGCAUUACGAGGAAGAAAUGGAAGAUGAAGAUGACAUUUAACAAUAGUUAAGUGAAUCUUAUAACCUAAAAGGAAUAUAAAUUAUGUACAUAUUAGUUAUGAUAUAGUUUAAUUACUUUGUUAAGCUUACUUUUUUAUAAAAAGUAAAACUAAAA